CGGCGGCAGCGAAGCGACUCUGAGAAGGUAUAGUCGUAGGGGCGGGUGGUUGCUUGCGGAUUGCAGCCACGGGUCAUGUGACCGGAAGGGCUCCUGACGGACGCCGUCCCUCCUCUGUGCGGCCUGAGCGCCCGGCCCGACCCCGGCCAUGGGGUGCUGCUACAGCAGCGAGAACGAGGACUCGAACCAGGACCAAGAGGAGCGGAAGCUGCUGCUGGGCCCUAACAGCACCCCCACCAAAGUUGUCAAUGGAGCCGAGUCCAACAACUACAGCCUGCCUUCUGCUCGCACAGAUGAACAGGCGCUGCUCUCCUCCAUUCUUGCCAAGACAGCCAGCAACAUCAUCGACGUGUCUGCUGCAGAUUCCCAGGGCAUGGAGCAGCAUGAGUACAUGGACCGGGCGAGGCAGUACAGCAACCGCCUGGCUGUGCUGAGCAGCAGCCUGACCCAUUGGAAGAAGUUGCCACCACUGCCAUCUCUCACCAGCCAGCCCCACCAAGUGCUGGCCAGCGAGCCCAUCCCCUUCUCCGACUUGCAGCAGGUCUCCAGGAUAGCUGCUUAUGCCUACAGUGCACUUUCUCAGAUUCGUGUGGACGCGAGAGAGGAGCUGGUUGUACAGUUUGGGAUCCCAUGAAGACAGGGAUCUUUGGAUGGCUCUUCUUCUCCUCUCGACCCCAUCUCGUCUCCACCCUGCCUCCCCUGGCCCCCAGCCUCACUGUGGCUUAUACAGUACCCUAACCUGCUACUAAUCAAGAGAAGAUUGUGGAGGAGGAGAAGAGUGAGGCUAGAAGCCUGAGCAAGUGAGGAUGGAGCAAGGGAGGGUAGAACCAUUUGGGACUGGCCUUCAAAGCCCUGGUCAGAGGUGGGGUGGGGAACAAAAGGACAAGGCCUGGUAGGUCUUCACUAUCACUGGGAGGGGGUGGAGGUAACACUGUGAGGGGUGAUCACUAGAGGGUCUGUUGAGGCCCCUUUCCCACUCUUUCUGUGCCCUGUUCCCUGAAUUGGUGCUCGCAGGCACCUCACUAGGGUUUGUGACCAGUGUCUGGACGAGCUUGAAUUUGAAUGAAUUGAGUUUGUAUUUCUAACACCCUGGGUUUUUACAUGUUUGGGGGUUUUGGGUUUUUGUUGUUGUGGGGUUUUUUGUUUUUUUUUGUUUUGUUUUGUUUUGGUUUUUUUUUGGUUUGUUCCCCUUGAUAAAGGACAUGUAUUCAUCUGUGUGCUGAUUUCAGCCCCUCUGUCCUGUCUACCAUCCUACUGCUUGCUUCUGGCUGUUUAAGUGAGAUGGAUGAGGGGGAGGGGGGAUUCUUCUAGGGACACUAAGAGAAGUUCAGGGUUCCCAGGUCUUAGCUGAGACUUGGCCUCGGCUAACCUCAAAUUGGGUAAGAUUGCCUGUCCUUUCUCCAGUGAUGGGAGCACUGAGGCAGCUGUCAUUGUUGAGGAGGACCCUGCCUUAGCCUCAGUGAAAUUACUAAAGAGCCUGGGAAGAGAUUGGUGGUGGUGGUGGUGCAGACAGACCAGGAGUACCUGAUGUGGAGUCUGCAAGCCAGUGUUUUCAAGCAGAAGAUUCUUUUUAUCAAAUGAAAUCUCAAGCAAAAUCGCAGCAUACAAAAUAUGAGAGUAACUGCUCCGGUCUGAUUGAAAUAGGGGGUUCAGCAAGCACGGCCUGUCCUCUUGGCCUCCUAACACAAUUGCCUCUGAGGCAUCUUCACAGAACCCUGGUGCUCUGUGAAGCAACUCUUACUCUCAGGAUAUCUGAGCUGAAGAGUAAAAAAAUGGCCCAAAGUUGAGAUAAGUUUUCCAGGGCCAUGCAGUGAGCCUAGGUCUCUCAUGUCUCAGGCCAACAGGCGUUUCCCUCCACUGCCUGCUUUUC